CGCAUCAAACCAGCGAAGAUGAUGGAUGAAGAAGCUACAAAGCGCUACGUCCGGCCCACGGAGGACGGGCAGAACCCGGCUCAGACUAAAGCUCAGGGUCACCAGGAGGAGAGAGAGAUCAGCAUUCUGCCAAGCAGGAGGACGGACGAGGACGAGAUGAGGACGUUGGACUCGUCUUCGUCCUGCUGCCUCAGAGUGAAGGAUCGAUGUCCGCGACCAAAAGGAUUCCUCAACCUGCUGCUCACUAAAGCGUUCCUGCUGGUUCUGCUGUUCGGAACCGUCUGGUCCAUAACGGGUCAGGAGUGUCUUCCUGGAGGGAAUCUGUUUGGGAUCAUCAUCCUGUUCAUCUGCUCCGUCCUGGGAGGGAAGCUGUUGGGUCUGAUCCAGCUGCCCACGCUGCCUCCCUUCCCUCCACUGCUGGGAAUGCUGCUGGCCGGCCUGCUGCUGCGAAACGUCCCCUACGUCAGCGACGCCGUCUUCAUCAGCCCCCACUGGUCUGCGGCUCUGAGGAACGUGGCCCUGUCCGUCAUCCUGACCAGAGCCGGCCUGGGCCUCAACCCCUCGGCGCUGCGCCGCCUCAAAGCGGUGUGUGUGCGAGUGGCGGUGGGGCCCUGCGUGCUGGAGGCCUGCGUCGUGGCUGUGGUUUCUCACUUCCUGCUUCACCUGCCCUGGAUCUGGGGCUUCAUCCUGGGCUUCGUUCUGGCCGCGGUGUCUCCGGCGGUCGUUGUUCCUUCGAUGCUGCUGCUGCAGAGGGACGGAUACGGAGUGGAGAAGGGAAUCCCGACGCUGCUGAUGGCUGCUGGGAGUUUUGAUGACAUCCUGGCCAUCACCGGGUUCUCCACCUGCCUGGGAAUCGCCUUCUCCACGGGUUCCACCUGGAUGAACAUCCUGAAAGGUCUGCUGGAGGUGGUGGGUGGAGUCGCAGCCGGACUGAUCCUGGGUCUGUUCCUGUGCCUCUUCCCCAGCAGCGACCAGGAGGACCUGGUGCUGCGGCGGACGCUCCUGCUGGUGGGGCUCUCCGUGUUCUCGGUCUUCUUCAGCCAUGUUGUUGGCUUCGCCGGCGCCGGCGGCCUCUGCACGCUGGUGCUGUCCUUCCUGGCUGCUCUGGGCUGGAAAACGGACAAGGCGCCGGUGGCGGCCAUGGUCGGCCGCUGCUGGGACGUUUUCCAGCCGCUCCUGUUUGGUCUGAUCGGAGCUGAGAUCACCGUCACGUCGCUCAACCCCAGCACUGUGGGGCUGGGCGUGGCCUGCAUCCUGAUUGGUCUGCUGGUCCGUCUUCUCGUCACCUUCCUGUUGGUCCAUCUGGGAGGUUUCACCCUGAAGGAGAAGCUCUUCAUCGCCGUGGCCUGGCUGCCUAAAGCCACCGUUCAGGCGGCGAUCGGCUCCAAGGCGUUGGACCUGGCGCGGGACAAAGGCGAUGAGACUUUGAUCCAGUUUGGUCUGGACGUGCUAACGCUAGCGGUGCUAGCUAUCCUGAUCACGGCUCCCAUCGGGGCGCUGGGGAUUGGACUGGCUGGGCCGCGCCUCCUGGCCCGACAGGUCAAAGGUGAGACGGAGAGAGAAGCCCCGCCCACCAGCCCUGACGCACCUGCUGAGGAAAAGAGUCACGUGAUCAAUGAGACCAAAGUGUAACGGUUCUGACCGGUCCAACCGAUCAGAACCAGCCCAGUUCUCCCAGCAGGACAAACCCAAACUGCUGGUUCCUGAACGUUAGGAUGAAGUUUUGACAUGUUAGAAAAAACAGAAGCAGAAACAAAAUGGCUGAAAAUGAAAAGAAGCUUCUUCAUUUCCUGGAUGUUUUCAUCUCUGUUUGAUUUUUAUUGUUUUAUAUAAAGAUUUAUUCUGCUGUCAGUAAAAAGUUACUAAUAGUUUCAGUUUUAGUGGAUAUUAUUGAUGUUUUUAACUUUAUUAUUUCUGCUGUGGAUAGAAAUGAACUUUGUUAUAGUUUGAUGUUUUAUUGUGGAGGGAACUACAGGAAGUGAAGUCGCUCUGCGGUCAGGCUGAGGCUGAAGCUGCAGGCGUCUACAGGAACCGAUUCUGGGUCAGAACCGCUCCGUCCACCAGACCAACACCUCAUUUCAAACACUCUGAGAUCAGAACCGGGUCAAACUGGUACCAUGUUCAGGUCUGGGGCUGGUGGGAGGAGCAGGUUGUAACUUUUCCUUCACAUCAAAAUAAAUCUGAGUUAAUGUAACUUUAUUUCAUAAAACAUGAACUCAGGUUAUUAUAGGAAAUCCUGCAGGUCCAGAUGUUUAUAGGUCCAGAUGUUUGGACCUGCAGUUCUGUUCCUCAGCCUGCACCGGGCCCGGUUCCACCAGAACCGGCUCCUCCUAACAGGUUCUGUGUGUUUCUGUCAGAGAUCAAAGUUCUGCUCUUGUAACCAGAACUGGACCUUUUGAUGCUGCAGCAAUAAAA